AUGCGAUCUCGCCGACGCGUCACCGUCCGCGCAUCGCAUCCGCUGCGUGCUGCGGACUUGGCAGACGUUAAAACCCGGCUCUCCUCGACAUGUCCACAACCACGGCCCACGGGUGUUGACGGCACGUCUCCCCCUGCCUGGACCAGCAGUGGCGCCGCAUCCUCGUCCUCCCCUGGCAGUAACAACCCCAUGGGGCGCGCGUGGGGCCGCCUGCAGCGCGCAGUGGGGGUGAGGCGCCCUGCUGCCGGCGCGGCAGGGCUGAACACUUUCACUCUCACGGGCGUGUGGCGGGCCGCUGGCACUGUUGCUGCUGCUGCUGACGGCGGCGUGCAGACGGUGAGGGAUGUGGCGCUGGCUGUUGCAGUGCAGCCCAGUGUGUUCUAUGCUGUGGUGGCGUCUCCGGGAUUUGAGGCGGGCGCUGCUAGGGGGCAGUUUCAGAAGGCGCCCAAAGAAUGGGCGUUUCGGCUGAGGAAGUGA